GGAAAAUGUGGCGGCAGAAACGUGUCCCAAUCAGGCAAGCACGAAACGGUUCCUGGUUUACAAAUUGUUAGUGCUGCAAAAUAUCAGGAACUCAUUGGAGCAAGAACUUGGAACAUUUACACAAAAGUUAAGUACAGAGGUGCACACUCUUCUGAAGGCUACUGAAGCAGACUUCUUGCGCGGUUGCCUGGGUGUUUUGGGCAGGCUUGACCAGGGUUGCAGUAUCGUUCAACAGGUCUGCGGCUUUUUUCAGGAAAUCAAAGCAGCUGUCAAGCCGUCGUGUCUCUUGGCAGCGACCCCAAAGGCCCCCCUUCUCGCAGAGUCGUCUCCAGCACUGAGAGGUGUCCUGGUCUCGGAUAUUCUGAAGUUUGGCCCUGUGCUGAGUAACGUUCUGAUGGCAAGCUCUAUUACAAAUGCUGUGCAGACUCUAGGGGCUGCCUUAGCCUUCCAGCAAAUCCAGAUGUUCCUCAAUCCUCAGAGAGAAGUUGUGUCUCGCAGUACCUCCACCUGUUGCAGCCUCGAGAUACAAGUGUACCGCUCCCUUCCGGGCUUCCAGACAAAAGACAUGCAGUUUGCAGAGCGCAGUGCCAAGCCUAAACAGCAGCAGCAGCUUAACAGUUUGAAAGAAAAUGUCAGAGAUCCACUUGGUCAAACUGCAGAUAAAGACAUGAUCGUACAGCAAGUCUCUGCAUCCCUGUUAAAUAGGAGCUGUGGUAAAGGACUUGAAGUGCAGCACCAGAAGCUCACCUCCUCCCAGCUGCUGAGCUUUCUCAAAAACUUUUGUAAAACAGAUAGUUCUGUUGCUAAUAUUAUGCACAGUAAAGUGAAAGCUGAUUCUGUGUGUACACCAGCCUUUGUCGUCAAGGAACUGACAGAAACUCCACAGGUGCUUCGUGCUUUUGAAGGCAGUCCGGGUGCUGGAUUUCCAUCAAAGACAGGGCUGAAACAGAAAAAUAUCCCCUGCUGGAAAUCCUUGUUGCCUGUCUUUAAAGUGAAGAGACAAGAUGCAGAUGACAGCGUGACCUACAGCUGUAUGGUUGCCACAGAGUCUGAGCUGUGGGAUAUCUCUGAGAUAUCUGUGAAGGGCAGCGUUGUGAUGGAAAAGGCUCAAUGCAAUUUGGAAAAGGACAACAGGCCUCGUGCGCUGAGCUGUCUCCUCGGUGUUGCCAUGGAGCCAGGCAUCGGCAGCUGUUCUCAGGAUGGCAGAAGGGUUAUUCCAGACUUUCAGAUCCGUAAGUUUGAUGAGGUGGAGGUGGCUGUCACUCAUGUUGUAGAUCCCAGCUGCUUCUUCAUUCAGGACGUGGGGCCUCCGAUGCAGGAGCUGGCCCUGGAACUCAACAGCAGGACAUGCAGCAGCAGCAGCCCCCUCACUCGGGUGAACAGCAUUCCUGACAUUGGAAGCUAUGUGUGCGGCUGGUUCCCCAAGCACGAGCUGUGGUGCCGGGCACGAGUGGAACAGAUCUGCGGCAUGCAGAGAGAGGCCAACCCGGAUCGGUCUCGGGGAUGCCUGCAGAACGUUCAAGUACAAGUGUUGCGAGUGGAUUAUGGAGAUACUGCAUGCCUUCCACUCAGCGAUAUUGAAGAGCUCAGUCCACAGUUCAUGGAUGUCCCACAGCAAGCUUUGUGUGUCUCGCUGGAGCAUGUCUCUCCAGUGGAUGGAUCCGAAUGGUCCUCGGAAGCCAUUAGAUGGUUUCAAGACAAAGUUGAAGGCCGGAGCCUGUAUGCCAGGCUGUAUCCCAAGAGAACCACGGUGAUGGUGGAGCUGUUCAUGGAGAAGGGAAAACUGGGAGCGAUGAGGAGAGGGCCCUCACUUUCUGAGAGAUUGGCUCAAAACGGUCAUGCGAAGCACGCAAGAAUGCGCACUAUCCGCAGCCUGAAAAGUGGCGGUAAAGGCCAAAAAGAAAAACUUUCUUCAGAGUGGGAGAAAUACAUUGUUUCUUGUUACUCACAGAACAGAAAAUGAGAUUGACUAUAAAGUUAACUCAUUUUAAAUUGAGUACCCAAUUAUUUUAUUCCCUACACGGCUCAUGGGAAGUGACGGUUCAGUGGACAUCCUCCGAUCCCACAACCAUGACAGUUUCCUCUUUUACAUCCAGGAACUCUGGAGGUGGCCAGCUGGCCACCACUGUUCAGUAUAGCGCAAUGAGGAAAAGAAACUGUUUCUGCCGACCGUCUCUCCCUAACCUGUGGAAGUACCAAGGCCAAUGCAACAGUCCCUCUGGAAUCCCCAUCGAAGACCGGCGACUUUGCACAGCCAGGACGUGACCCUGCAUUCCCCUGACUGUAUGACUCACACCUGCACACCACACGGCCAUGCUUUUACCAGGGGAGACCUCGGGGGAUCCCUGCGCUCCCCUGACUGUAUGACUCCACCUGCACACCACACGGCCAUGCUUUUACCAGGGGAGACCUCGGGGGACCCCUGCGCUCCCCUGACUGUAUGACUCCACCUGCACACCACACGGCCAUGCCUUUACCAGGGGAGACCUCGGGGACCCCUGCGCUCCCCUGACUGUAUGACUCCACCUGCACACCACACGGCCAUGCCUUUACCAGGGGAGACCUCGCGCUCCCCUGACACACAACUGUAGUUUGUCGUCUUAACUUGACGUAAUCAACUGGCAUGUGGCAUUAGAGAAAGUAAGCGACAAGACAGAUAGACUCCGAUUUUCCUUCAGGUGCGAUUUUCAUUAAUUUAAUUGAUUGUAUUUUGACUUGUUUUACAUGUGCGAGGCCCUCUUGUGGUCAUAGUUAAUACAGCAACCCAGUACAGUAUUUAAAUUCAUUUUUGAUUAAGCUGUUUUUCAAGAAAAUGCAGUCAAUACUCGUUGAUACAAACAAGAACAAUACAAAACUAGCCUAUAGCAGCUGUAGCGUUCAGUGUAAUUGUUGGUAGGGCUGACACCCAUUUCAUGUAGGCUAUGUCUUAUCCUAUGUAGAGGUGGGACACGUUUGUUCAGGUAAAGGCUAAUCUGUUUGACUUGACUUUAAUGUGUAUUCAUGCCCACACAGUUCUUAAUUCCACAUUAGAAUGGGUUUGGUUCCAAAAGUAGGUGAAUCACCCAGUAGUGUAAUAGAUAUUUGCACAGUAGUUUGCUGGUGCUUGAUGAUUUGUCAGAUGUCCAAGACAACAUUGGGCGCACGUGCACAGUCAUGCUUGCUUGGUAAAGGGUGUCCGACGGGCUCUCCAUGCCCCAAGGGCUUACUUGAGCAGUUCCUGCAGUAGGGUUCACAGAGUGACAGCAGGAACACUGUCUUUCCUACAUUUCUUGAAGAUUCGGUGACUUAUCACUGUUACAGGGUGACUUCUUCUUUUAUACUGAUCUUUACUGCUCCCGACCAAAAGGGGAACCAUCGCAGGUUCUAGCCGACCUCUAGCUUUGUUACACUGUGUCACACUGACUGUAGUAGGACAUGUGCACAUGUAUAGCAUUGUAGGUUGCUGCUGCUUGUUAUCAAAAUUCUGUUGCUUUUGAAAUCUCAUCAUGUUUCAUUCUUUUACUUCCAUUCAAGGCCUUGGAAAAUGUUUGUUUUUUUCAUGUUCAGUUGUUCCAACAACAAGGGGCUCAAAGUGUUUUUUUUGGGGGGGGUGCAAUGCCAAACUUACGUUGUUUGUAAUGUAAGCUGGUUAUGACAAGAAGAUAAAUAAAACAUUUUCUUGCAUUACA